UUCUUGUUUGUUAGCAAUGUUUCGGUCCAGAGUUUACAACCCGCCAGGAGGAGACCCGCCUCCUCCUCUCCACCCUCCCACUCCAGUACCAGAUGAAUCUCCCCCUUCUGCUGCACCUGGGGACGAGAUCCUACUGGAGUCCCUCCUUAUUACUGCUACGAGGACGGGAAACGUGGCUGCUGCUGCUAACGAGAUGAACUUGGAGCGAUGGCCGAUAUUUUCACUCCUUGACAAUGAUUUUACGGGAACCAUCAAGAUGGUUUGUGUGUUUGGGAAUAACGGGAACGAGGCUAUUGUUGUCGAUCACAAUGAUGAUGUUUAUGCGAUCGGGUCUAAUUCUUGUUGUUGUUUGGGUUUUGGAUAUCAGACGAGCACGUUGUCCCCAAGGAAAGUAGAAGCACUCUGCAAGAAGGACAUCAAGACGUUUGCGUACGGUAGUGGGCCGCACGUGCUGUGCGUCACUGGGUCCGGAGAGUUGUUCAGCUGGGGCCACAACGGGUACUCUCAACUCGGUAACGGAACCACUAACCAGGGUGUCUCACCAACUCCAGUCACCUCGCUGGGUAAUAAGAAGAUCGUACAGAUCGCGUGUGGGUCACAUCACUCGCUCGCACGAACCGAGGAGGGUGAAGUGUUUGCGUGGGGGUACAACAGUUGUGGACAGAUCGGGUCAGGAACCACUAACAACCAAGUCACUCCAAGAAAAGUUGGUGGGGUACUGAACGGACUGAAGAUCACAGACAUCGCAUGCGGGCAAACCUCUUCCAUGGCUCUGUCGAGCCAGGGUGAUAUCUACGCGUGGGGGUAUAACGGUAACGGCCAGCUAGGUAUUGGCAACACCACAAACCAGCCAACUCCCCGAAUCUCCUUACUGACAGGACAGGUUGUGGUGGUGAAGAUAGUAUGCGGUUACGCGCACGCGCUCGCCCUCACUGAUGCGGGAGAGAUCUAUGUGUGGGGGGCUAACUCAUACGGUCAGCUGGGGACCUCCACUAAGUGCAACACUCUCACUCCAGUUAAGAUAGCUGAGGAGUAUGGCAGGUUUGUAGACAUAGCAGCGUGUCACUACAACCACAUCUCAGCCGCAGUCAACCACUCUGGUAAGGUCUACAUGUGGGGUCAGUGCAGAAACCAGUCAAUACAGACCCCAACCGAGACCAAGUUUGCGCACGUUGUAGACGUGUUCGCGUGUUUUGCAACCCCCUCCGUCACCCCCUACCCCAUGAGUGUGGAACACAGCAAGUUGGGGUCCCUCAACCAGAGCAUUGAACAAGCCUUCGACGACCGCAGCACUGCCGACAUAACCUUCCAGGUGAAUGGUGUGUCGAUCUACGCGCACAAAGCCAUCCUCAAGAUCAGAUCCCAGUACUUCCAGGGCAUGUUCAGGUCACCCUUCACAGAGUCUUCCCAGGAUGUUAUAGAAGUGUCCCAGUUCUCAUAUGAUGUGUACCGAGCGUUCCUCGAGUUCCUCUAUACAGAUCAGGUAACCAUGGAACCUGAAGAUGCGAUACAUCUGAUGGAUCUUGCGAACGCGUACUGUGAGCCCAAGUUGAAGUACCUUUGUGAGCGCAUAAUAAAGCAGGGUAUCACGACUAGUAAUGCUGCUCACCUCUACUCAGCUGCCCUUAAGUACAAGAACGAGGACUUGCAGGAAUUCUGCUUCCGCUUCUCUCUCAAUCACAUGACCGCUGUCGUUCAAUCAGAAGCCUUCAUCAAGCUUGACAAUGACCUGAUGAAAUCAUUCAUCCUCAAGGCAUCAGAGCAAGGUGCUUUCAAAACCUAGAAACUCGCGCGACCCAGCAGACAAACUGCCAACAUCGACUCUUUCUCAUUCGAUCCUACGUCAAGACUUGUGGAAUGUGCGGUAUGCGAGGCACUUCAAAACAAACUAUCAGUGAAACAGUACGCUGGUACAAUGUCUUCAAAAUUCAGAUAGCUGUACUACGCGCCCGAGACCAAUACGGCGCUGACCGGAAGACUAAGGGGCGUCCUCAUUAAAAACCCAAUGUAAAUAUAGACCUUGAGGAGAGCUGGAAUCUUUGCAUGUUAACGGAGUGCACUGUUCAUCUGUUUUAUAAGAGUUAUAUAAAAAGUAGUGGGUUGAGUUCAAGGAAACAUCAGCGACUUCUCGUGUGACCAGGUCAUGUGACCAGGUCAUGUGACCAGGUCAUGUGAAUUGAAACAUGACGUAUCAUGUAAUCAGGUCACGUUUUAUGCUGGUUGUUUCGACCUUCAGAAAAAGAGGUGAAAUCAAGCUUUCGUGUGCAAGCUGCAUAUUGCAAUCUGUAUUUAUUUGGUUUUCAAAGAUUUUUAAUUUCAAUCGAACUUUAGAUUUAUAGUAUAUUCCUUACAGCACGGAUUUAGGGCAGUAUCUAAAAGUGUUUGCCUAAGAAUGUGGAUUUCUAUGAAGAGCAUAUUGCUUUCAAAGCUUUCGAAAGGAAUCAAAUACGAAAUUUGACAAGAUUUUGGCCCGCAAAAAAACCGUGCUGUGAGUUAGGCCAUUUGAUUGGUCAGAUUAAGUCAGGCGACUAGAAUACAACUCACCGAUUGGUCAGAUUAAGUCACGAUACUGAAGAUCAGCUCUCUCAUUGAUCAGAUUAUUAAGAGUACUUUUUAGAAAUCAGAUGUUAUCGUUUGAUUAGCAGUAGCACAUAUUUGACGACAGAUUUUUCAAAUAUUUGGCACACAACACUUGUGUACGUGAUAAAAUAAACUCAACAUUUUAUAACUAGAUUUAGGUAGACUUAGAGUGGUCACUCUUGACAUAUUCCAAAUUAAUUACCUGUUUUAUGACCAUGUUAGCGGAUGACUUUUUAUUUUAAAUAUCACUAACAUUUUUAUUGCCACA